AAUCUAAAAAUAAAUCAAAAUCAAAUUAUGGGUUGUUGAGAACUAAAUCAAAUUAUGAUUGUUGAAAACUUAGUGGAUUGUGAUCAGAAUUUGAGCAAGAAAGUGUAGUGCUUUAAUUAUCAGCCAUGUGAUCUCAGUUUAUUUUUCUGGUAUUUUCCUUUUCUAGACUGCCUACCCUGUGACCCACAGAAAAUGAAAGAGGCCGGAUCUUAAAAUUUGAUGUAACGAGAAACCUUCACUGUUACUACUCGGAAACAUCCGCUGAUGUGAUAGUGAAUCGGCUUUUCUUAAAAUUCAGUCAAAUUUAGCCUACCAUUUUUAUGUGUGAAUGAACUGUGAAGUGAUUGCUAGAAAACUAGUUUUGGAACUGGGCAGAGCACAGAGAAAACUUUACUUAACAAAUCCAGUGAAAUUUCCGACACAUCGCAGACUAAGCUGUACUUAAAAGGAAAGUUCUGCUGUAAGAGAAGUGAAGAAAGAUUUCAGGGAAGCCAUGAGUAGGAUUGUCUUGAUUUGUUCGUUAAUAUACUUAUUCCACCAGGUUUGGGCGUAUCAGAUCUCUCCAGCGGCGGCGCCAGAGGCGGGAAAUUGCCCGUUAAAUGUAAGCUGCCUGUCUUCUUAUCCAUGGAUUGUUCAAAAAUGCAAAGAGGGCAAGCACUGCUGCGAAGCCCUAAAUGAUUUGAUGAGGAUCUUGCUCUUCUCAUCGAUGCAUCACACCAAUUCAUUUCUUCUACACGAUAUUGAAACUUCUAGGGUUUGCUUGAACGCAAUCCAGCGGCAAAUGGAGUUGCAGGGGGUAAGUGCAGAGGAUAAUGUAUUCCAUAGCUGCAAGAUGCAGGCGCUGGAUUUCGUCAACGGGCCAAGGCACUGCCAUCAAAUUCAGAACAGAUUCUCCUUCGAAAAUGCCGUCAACACGUCGGAAAUCAAAAGUUUCUGCGACGGUAACAGGUCUUCAUUUGCCUGUCACGCCUGCAUGAGGGCCAUGGUGAGGGCUGUCAGCCAGUUGAUAGAGAAAAACGGAACGGAUAAAAAUAACUGCGAGCUGUUUGUCAUAGUCUAUGUCGGAGGCGUAAUCAAUUCGUAUGAAGAUUUAGGUACCGGAGCAGCUUACUGUAUUCUCAGUGCGGAGAAUUUGACGGAGAUGAUAGCGCUCCCGCCAUUAAAUACUGAAAAGAAAGCAGGCAGCAGAAAUAGGAAAAUUGCAGAAGCCCUUGGGGUUUCGCUUCCGGCUGCAGCGAUUUUAAUCUUCAUCGGCAUCUAUGCAUCGAGGCGUAAGUUUCAUGGCGGCAGAUUGGAAGGGCUAGCUAUGAAUUUCAGAGACUCGAAUCUGGUGCGGGAGAGCGUCGACCUCGCGACCGGUGUCCUGUUUUUCCGUUACGCUGAUCUCAGUAAAGCGACGGGAAAUUUCGCGUCAUCUAACGUGAUCGGCGAAGGCGGUUUCGGGACAGUUUUCCGGGGGGCUCUUCCCGACGGCUCACAGAUCGCCGUGAAGAGAAUUAACGAUUCGACGCCGAAAGGCGACGAAGUGUUGAAGCACGAGGUCCACGUCAUCAGCGGUGUAAAGCACCGGAAUUUGCUGUCCCUUAAGGGUUACUGCCUCCACGUCAGCUCCCACGGGCAGGGGCACCAACAUUUUCUGGUCUAUGACCUGAUGCCCAACGGCAGCCUAGCGGAUUAUCUUUUCCGGCUGGGUGUAGACAAGCCGUUGCUGACGUGGCCCCAGCGUCACCGGAUUGCGGUGGGAAUUGCACGUGGGCUCGCUUAUUUGAACGGCGACGCAAAGCCGACGAUUAUUCACCGGGACGUGAAAGCGGCGAAUGUUUUGCUGGACGGGCAGCUGAAUGCCCUCGUGGCAGACUUCGGGCUGGCGAGGAUUAAGGAAGAGGGCUGCAGUAAGACUCAUACGGUCACCCGGGCAGUCGGGACGAUGGGUUACGUGGCACCUGAGUAUGCUCUCUACGGCCACCUCACCGAUAAAAGCGAUGUUUACAGCUUUGGGGUUGUUUUGCUUGAGCUGAUGACUGGACGCCGGGCAUUGGAUCCGCUCGACGUGGAAUACCCUGUGCUAUCUGACUGGGCGUAUGAGCUGGCGCACUGUGGACACGUGGAACGAGUCUUGGACCAGAGACUUCUUGAGGAUGGAAUGAAUGCUGAGUGUAAGCAGAUGAUGGAAAGAGUUGUUUUCCUUGCGCUGCAUUGUACCAAUGCCAAGGCGGCUUGCAGACCGUCUAUUCACCAUGCUUUGCUGGUUUUGGAGUCAAUUGAUCGGCCGGAUCAUUAUCCUGCUUUGCCGGAAUUGAUGUCUUUUUUUAGUGUAAGUGACAGAUCGGAUGCCUCGAGCCGGUUUUUGGUUACAAAGGAGAUGGGGAGCAUGUCGGUGGCGGUUUCCAGUGUGUCUACAGAUUCUUACCAGACUGGAAGGUGAUGACUCGAUGAGUGAUGGUGAUGAUUCUCAUGACAUGUAGAGCUCUCUGUACAUUAAAGCCAUAACUUCUGCAGUCUAUAAUGAUAUGAAUUCGAUAUUUUUAAAAAUUUAUUUGCAAAAGAUUUUUAUCAUCAGAUCAUUUUUAUGAUCUUUUGUCAUAUUAAAAUGACUAGAAAGAGAUGAUUAAAUCUAAAAAUUUAUCAA